UAAACCCAAAUCUAACAGCUGACAUUCAAAAGAAUCCCAGCCAGAGGAAUUAGUCUAGGAAGAGACAUAAAAUUUCAUCAUGCGAAUGCUCCCAAUCUGCUUGGUUUUCUUGUGUCUCUUUUGUCUUUGUGGAUCAGAGAAGGCAGCAUCUAAUGCUGAAAAAAACCAUUUUCAACAGGUUAAGCCUGUCCAGCCAGCUGAGCAAGACAACUACCUCAUAGAAGAAUGCUUGGGCAACCAAUACACCCACAAGUCAUGUCAGAAAGUUUUUUGUCACCCAUGGGAACGAUGUGUGGAGGGAAAAUGCCUGUGCAAGCUUCCCUACCAGUGCCCAAAGAAUGGUUCUGCAGUUUGUUCUACCAGUGGAAAGAACUUCCGUACUUACUGCCAGCUGAAGAGCUAUGAGUGCCAGCAACCCAAAGCAAAGUUUCUGCACAGGGGAACAUGCAAGCCUGAAGAAACAUUUUCAGUCUCUCUGGGUCACGGAGAUUCAAGUUUGCUUCAAGUAAAACCUGUGAAUCGUAAGGAGGACAGUUUUGUGUGUGCUAGUGAAUGGACUAUGAAUGAAGCAAACGUGGCUUGCAGGCACCUUGGCUUUGAAUUAGGUGCUGAAUAUUACCAAGCCACUUCCAACAUCACAGAAUCUGCCUUAAAUGCAUUAAACUGUCUGCAAAUAAGUUGCAGGGGCCUAGAGACAAGUCUUGCUGAAUGUCACAUAGAGAUGAAAUCAAGAGAUAGUAAUGAGGGACUGGUUAGCCUGCAGUGCCAUGAAAAUCUCAGAGAUUGUUCAGACGGGGAGUUUCACUGUGUCAACAAGAAGUGCAUUUCUCUGAAUAAAACCUGUGAUGGGAUCAAUGACUGUGGAGACAUGAGUGAUGAACUGUGCUGUAGAGAGUGCAGAGAAAACAGUUUCCACUGCCGGUCAAAUAUCUGUAUUCCAAAUAAGAGUGUCUGCAACAAAGAAAUUGACUGCCUCACAGGAGAGGAUGAAGCUGGAGCUACCUGUGCAGGCAAAGAAGAAGGUGCUGAAAAUGACAGUAUGGAUACAGAAAGAAAAAUGAUAAAGACACUUCUUCCCCAAUUGCACUGUGGUGUUAGGAAUCACACACUAACUCGACGGAAAAGAAUUAUAGGUGGAGAGAUUGCUGGAAAGGGUGAAUUCCCUUGGCAAGUGGCAAUUAAAGACACCAGCAAUGAAGGUUCAACAGUGUACUGUGGAGGGGUUUAUAUUGGUGGCUGUUGGGUUCUGACUGCUGCUCACUGUGUCAGGGCAAAUCGAGUCCAUCUCUACCUUGUCUGGGUCGGAAUGUUGAACACAAUAGCGUACGACAAAGAGACAGAUACUUUCAAACUAAACCAAGUGAUAAUUCAUGAAAAUUACAAUGCAUCAACGUAUGAAAAUGACAUUGCUCUGCUGGAGCUGAAAGGUUCUGGGCAUGGAGAAUGCUCCCUGGAAGACAACAGCACACCUGCCUGUGUCCCCUGGUCAGAGUAUAUGUUUAAGACUGGUGACAGAUGCAAGGUUUCUGGAUGGGGACUAGAGAAAGGUUACACAAAACAAUUUAUCCUCAAGUGGGGAAAUGUUAAUUUAUUUCACAAUUGUUCUGAAUUGUAUCCAGGACGAUUUUUUAAAAAAAUGGCAUGUGCAGGUACCUACGAUGGCUCCACAGACAGCUGUAAAGGGGAUUCAGGAGGCCCCCUGGUCUGCUUUGAUGCAGAAGACGUGGCCUACGUGUGGGGCAUUGUGAGCUGGGGUGAGAACUGCGGGGAGGCCGGUCACCCUGGCGUGUACACACAAGUUGCCAGCUAUUAUGACUGGAUCAGCCACCAUGUGUCAAGGGCUCUCAUUUCACGGUACAAUAUCUGAAGCUCAGAAAAUUAAAUGCUUCCUUUAUAGUCCUUUUCCACAAU